GAUUAUUUAUGAGUGAAAGAGAGAACAUAUGGACGGGGUUAUGAGUACGAUGGUUUCGCCCCUGGCGCGUCAUGCAGCGCUCGCUGGUGCGGCGUCCACGUGUUCCACCUACCAUAUCUAAUCGGCCGGCCGCGAAUCGCGGCGGCGCGUGAAGACUUCGGAACCAGACAGCCAUGACGUGGGCCAACGAGGCGCGGCCAACUGUAUACACGACGGCGAAUCAGCGUCACCUCCUUCCGCUGAGACCGGAUGGCCCUUGCCAAUCAGCGUCGGCCACGACGUAACACUCCCGUUAAUAUCCCGGCCCCCGAGAUCGGUGUCGGUGUCAGUCGUCGUUUUACCGUUCACCGAGAGAGAAUUAGGAUCGCUAGAUUCGUGAAGAACGCGAGGAACAUUCAACGAAACCGAGCAGACACACGUCCAAUUGGGAUAGUUCAUACAAAGCAAUAUGAAGGGAGUCAUAAGUCUAUUGAUAGUGGGACUGCUAGCAGUCGCCACGAUUGCGAAAGAGGACAAAGAAAAGGAGGAUAUUGGUACAGUAAUAGGAAUUGAUCUGGGUACAACUUAUUCUUGUGUUGGGGUUUACAAGAACGGUCGAGUGGAGAUUAUCGCCAAUGAUCAAGGUAAUCGAAUCACGCCUUCUUAUGUGGCGUUCACUAAUGACGGCGAACGUUUGAUCGGCGAUGCCGCCAAGAAUCAAUUGACGACGAAUCCAGAAAACACCGUGUUUGACGCUAAGCGAUUGAUCGGUCGUGAGUGGUCAGAUCCCACUGUGCAGCACGAUGUGAAAUUCUUCCCAUUCCCGGUCAUCGAGAAAAACAAUAAGCCGCACAUUAAAGUUGAGACCAGCCAAGGUGAAAAGGUCUUCGCGCCAGAAGAAAUUUCGGCUAUGGUUUUGGGCAAGAUGAAGGAAACCGCCGAGGCCUAUCUUGGCAAGAAAGUCACUCACGCCGUAGUUACCGUACCGGCUUACUUCAAUGAUGCACAAAGACAGGCCACCAAGGAUGCUGGGACAAUUUCUGGCUUGGUCGUAAUGAGAAUUAUUAACGAGCCGACUGCCGCUGCAAUUGCAUAUGGUUUGGACAAAAAAGACGGCGAGAAAAACGUACUGGUGUUUGACCUGGGCGGUGGCACUUUUGACGUCAGUUUGCUCACUAUUGACAACGGUGUGUUUGAAGUCGUUGCCACUAAUGGUGACACUCAUUUAGGAGGCGAAGAUUUCGAUCAGCGUGUGAUGGAUCAUUUUAUUAAAUUAUAUAAGAAGAAGAAGGGCAAGGAUAUCCGCAAAGACAAUCGAGCUGUUCAGAAACUGCGUCGUGAAGUCGAAAAAGCCAAACGAGCACUUAGUGCUAGUCACCAGGUCAGGAUCGAGAUUGAAUCAUUCUUUGAGGGCGAGGACUUCUCCGAGACAUUGACUCGUGCCAAAUUCGAAGAACUGAACAUGGAUCUCUUCCGUAGUACUUUGAAGCCUGUGCAAAAGGUCUUGGAGGAUUCUGAUAUGAGCAAAAAGGAUGUGGACGAGAUUGUUUUAGUUGGUGGCUCGACUAGGAUCCCGAAAGUUCAACAAUUGGUUAAGGAAUUCUUCGGAGGCAAGGAACCAUCACGAGGCAUCAAUCCUGACGAAGCUGUCGCUUAUGGUGCCGCUGUACAAGCUGGUGUACUUUCUGGAGAACAAGAUACCGAUGCUAUUGUACUUCUUGACGUUAAUCCUCUUACCAUGGGUAUCGAAACUGUUGGAGGUGUAAUGACCAAACUCAUUCCAAGGAACACAGUUAUUCCGACGAAGAAAUCUCAGAUCUUCUCUACAGCGUCUGACAGCCAGCACACUGUCACGAUUCAGGUGUACGAGGGUGAGCGUCCUAUGACCAAGGACAACCAUCUGCUUGGCAAAUUCGAUUUGACUGGCAUUCCACCAGCACCACGUGGCAUACCACAAAUCGAAGUCACCUUUGAGAUCGACGCCAAUGGUAUUCUGCAAGUAUCGGCUGAGGACAAGGGCACUGGCAAUCGCGAGAAGAUUGUCAUCACGAAUGAUCAGAAUCGUUUGACGCCCGAUGACAUCGAGCGAAUGAUUAAGGACGCGGAGAAAUUCGCCGACGAUGAUAAGAAAUUAAAGGAGCGUGUAGAAGCGCGCAACGAUCUGGAAUCAUAUGCAUACUCGUUGAAGAAUCAAUUAGCCGACAAGGAGAAACUCGGCUCGAAAGUGAGCGAGGCGGAUAAAGCUACUAUGGAAGAGGCUAUCGACGAGAAGAUCAAAUGGUUGGAGGACAAUCAGGACACCGAGCCAGAAGAGUAUAAGAAACAAAAGAAGGAGCUCACCGAUAUCGUUCAGCCAAUUAUCGCCAAACUUUAUCAGGGCGCGGGCGGCGGUGUUCCACCCACUGGCGGCGAGGACGACGAUAUGAGGGACGAACUUUAACUGCAAGCUGGCGACCCGCUCACCUCGGUUCGCGGUUUAGACUGAUUACUCGCCUUCCGAGCAAAUACUUUACAGAAGUGUUGAUAUACAUUAUGAGAGGCUGAGCGUGGUACACACGCGAGAUUAUGUUCUCGCCGUAUGUUUAGCUGAAAGUGGCUGUCUGGUUCUAAGUUUUACUUAGAUAAUAUGUAGCAUAGACUAUCUUAUAACUCUAAGACUUAGGUUAAGGAAGGCGGUUUGAAGCUAAAUGUACAGUGGGAAUACAAGUCUUCGUCUCAUAAGUCUUACGUACAUUUCGAGAGAAGUGCGAGAAAAUGUUAGAGUGAUAUCGAGAAAUCUGACGAUUUCUCGAUAUCAUUAACGUUUUCGAUUGCGCUCGUUUCUCCCCUUGCGAUACAAGCAUACUGACUCCACGGCAUCGUUAAUUUAUUUUGAGUUGUUUUGUAUGUUUCCCCACUAAGUGUAAUAAUCGAACGAUCGAUUAUUUGCAAACAAAGCGCGUUGAAGAUAUACUUGUGAGUAUGUGUAUGUAUGAUUGAACAAGAGUGAAUGUGAAGCGCGCGGAGACGGCUUGCUGCCAGCGAAUUACAUCGUACUAUGUACAAUGUAGCCGUGUCUACGCUUGAAUACAAUAUGUGUAUCAGUAACGCAAGAAUAAAGAUUUUUUCAGUAAACCGUAA